CCCGGAGAGGGGGAUUGUCCGCCACCAGGUCCCGUAAACGCCGCUCGUUAACCGCGAUGUUUGCCGAGGAUUAACACAAGCAGAGGGGGGUGGCCAUCUGUGAGUGGAUGCGGCCGGCUCAAGUGUGCAACAAGCGGGAUAGAGACGGUCGCAACACGGGGCCAACGACCAAACAAUGGAUCUAACUUUUGUCCUGUCAGCUGUUAUCUUCACGCUGCUCGCCAUCGUGGUCGCGACGUCGCUGUUCAGCGGCUCCUCGCCCGCAGCCGACUUAUUUGCGAGUUAUUUCGGACGCGGUGCAGCCGGAGGAUCGGAUCAGCCGGAGCCGAGGUACAACGGGCAUUUGCCGGACAACAAGAAGAAGAAGAAGCCGCAGAGGGCGGAGGACGACUGGUGUGAGAUCAGCGGGAGCUCGCAUGACCACUGGGAUGUAGUGAAAUCUGUGCUUUCAGGCGAGGCAUAUCCUCAACCUCACACUGAAGUUGAGCACUCCUCCAUAUCCAGCCUGUCCGUCCCCAGGCCUGGAUCCAGGCACACAAACUUAGAGAAAGACUCGCUGUCCGAGGCCUCGUCGGGGAUGAGCCGCAGGUCAUUCAUCGGGCUCUCUGAUAAGCAGCUCCUAAAGUGUGCUUUCUCACACCCCCAGACUGAAGGAGCCACAGAGAGCCCGGAGAUCAACGAUAAAGUGGAAUCGAACGCAGACGAUUCCUUGAAGUACGUCCCCGGAAAGGCGCGAACCCACCACUUGCAAAAGAUGAUGUCCACAGAGGAGCUGGAGGAGGAGCGGAGGGUGCAACGUGAGCAGCUGGCCGCCAUCUUCCAGCUGCUAAAGGACAACCAGGAGACGUUUGGUCACGUGUCUGAUGGAGACAUGGAGGACCAGCUCAGACUCUACUCCAUCUGAGACUCAUCUUUUGUGUUUUUUCGGAUUCACCCUCUGACGACGCUCUUGUAACCUACUGAAAAGACUACUCGGCACAAAAUGCUUGAAUAAACUUAUUCACAGUAUUCAAAACAAGAUCUACUGUCCACCCGACAACCGUUCACAUGUGUGUUUCAGUAGGAUGUACUUUGUUUGAAUCGUGUUGUAUCUUUGCUGUUUCAGUCCACCUGUCUCAUGAAGACGAAAACCCAAAGCAGCUGGAUAUCUUGCAUCAUAGAACAUGAUUUUCUAGCUAUAUGUAAAUAAAGUAGAUAAAGGAUUAUUGUUUCUAUUAGUUUUAUAUUAUAAUACAAUCAACUUUUUUGUAUUCAAUGUUAUCAUUAAAUGUGUAAAGGGUACAAAUCCUGCAAAGUUACUUCUAUUGUGUAAUGUACCAUUGGGAAUGUGUUUUGUGGGGUUGAGGUUUUAUCAUGCAAGUUAUUUAACUGUACUGUAGCCCUGCCCAUCUCUUGCAUUUAAAAUGACUCCCACCUGUCUAUGUACUAGUAAUACCAGGGGUGAAAACAAACCUGUCAGUGUUUAAUCAAAGAUUAUAGUUUCCAGGUCUCAGACUCAGGAAUGGCAAUCCAAACUCCCAGGGCAUUUUAUUUCCUGCUUGUGAUCUCAUUUUGCAUUGGAGUCUUUGUUCUUUCAUUGGGACUAUCAAUCAACAGGUAAGUUGUAUUUAGAAUUACUUAAGGGAAAGGACAGGAUGUUAACUUUUAUCUAUUUUCUGGUUAAGUAGUUUUAAUUUUGUUUUCAAAGAAAUGUGUAUUGGUACAUUUCCAGGUACAGGACUAUAACUGAAUUAACUUACAACGGUGUCUUGCUAAUACUUGUGUCAUUCGUUAUCUAUCUAUCGUUCUUUUGUCAAAUGUCCAUAUCAGAUGGAACACUUUCUCAGGACAAACCAGUCAAGCCAAUGAGGAAAUGGUUGACUUCGGGGAUGUAAAAGGACACUCGACUGCGACACAUGAGCGUACCACCAAAUCAAACCCGGGGGCAACGCUAAAAAGUUAUCCAACAAGAUGCUCCACAUGUGGCGCUGAGACUCCCAUGCCAGUCCUCUACAGAAAAUCCUUCAAGAAGUAUCCUGAGUGGGAAUUUGAGGAUAUUUAUAACCAGGAUGCUCCACCCAGGCAGUCUGUAAGCAUGCUAUGACAAGAACAGACAGAAACAUAACAAAUAAUUAACUUUUGUGGGUAGUGGGGUAAUCUGCUCAGUUGUGCGUUUUUGGUGUGAGCUGUAUGGUUGUUUUUUUGCUUUUUCCUUAAAACUUUACAGCAAUUCUUCCAAUUUCAUUUGUUGUUGUUUUUGUCGAUCUGUUGCUCUGUUGGAUUUUUUUCCUGCUGUAAUAUGAAAUCAAUGGUUUUAGUCACAUUGAAAAGGUGGAAAUAAACUUUUCUUCUAUUUAUUUUUUACUUUA